CGUCUGCUCAGGCCCUGUGGAGUGUGGCCUUCAUGUGUACUCACUUCCCUGCGCCUCUUCCGGCCUCACCUGCUGGGGCACGUUAGCUCAGGGGAGAUGGAUGUCCAAAGCCAGCCGAGAGAACUGGACCUUCCUUAACAUCUCGGGGCACAUCCACCACAUGCCAAUCUAUGGCAAAGCAAGAGAGAAGACCCAGCUUGCAGCCCCCACUGCGUCCUAGUUCAGGUGUCUGUCUCCUUGGUCGAAUCACUUAGCUUUCUGAGCCUGAGUUUCCUUUUGCGUAAGAUGAAACAAGAGCAGCCGCCGGGGGACAUGGGAUUAAACGAAAUACAAGUGUUGGUUUCUCAUCUCAGUGCAAGCAGAUUUAUCUGGCUCCUCGGUCGACAAAAUCAUCUCCUCAAGAAACAUGGAAACAAAGGCAUUUAAAAAGAGAUGUCAGUCUCUGUGAAAACAAAGCCUUCUGUAUUCACAUGUGCACCGAUCUCUUCUGAGUUUUGCAAAGAAAAACAAGUUGGAGACCACACUCUGUGGACACCGAGGGAUGACCCAGGUGAUUGCUGGGGGUUCUUCAUCAGCAUUCUGUGAUAACAAGAACGUGGACUCCUUCUCGUUGAGAUCCAUGACCAUUUGCGCUAACUGCCAGGAGGCUGGAUUCUGACUUCCAACCACUGAUAUCUUUGUGAAAAUCAGUCUACAUCCACCCUUUAAAAGCACUAACGAAUUAAUCAGAACUUUGGAAAGCAAAGAAGAAUUGAGAAAUUUUAGUAAAAGAAUGAGAUGUUAAAAACAAACUAGAAGGAGGCAAGGCUUCGCCUUGCUAUUGACCUUCUCAGACCAAAUGCAACUGCUGCCUUAAAACGAAAAGCAAAACAAAACAAACAAAACAAAAAUGAACAGCACAUGCCUUGAAGAACAGCACUACUUCGAUCACUAUUUAUUUCCAGUUAUUUACAUCUUUGUGGUUAUAGCCAGUGUUCCAGCCAAUAUUGGGUCUCUGUGUGUGUCUUUUCUGCAAGCAAAGAAGGAAAAUGAAUUAGGAAUUUACCUCUUCAGUUUAUCACUAUCAGAUCUGCUCUACACAUCAACUCUCCCUCUAUGGAUUGAUUACACUUGGAAUAAUGACAACUGGACGUUCUCCCAUGCUCUGUGCAAAGGGAAUGCUUUCUUCAUGUACAUGAACUUUUACAGCAGCACAGCAUUCCUCACCUGCAUCGCCGUUGACCGGUAUUUAGCAGUUGUCCACCCUUUGAGGUUUUCUUUUCUAAGGACAAGAAGAUCUGCCUUCAUGGUCAGCCUGUCCAUCUGGGUGUUGGAAACCAUGUUCAACGGUAUCAUUCUGUGGAAAGAUGAAACGACUAUAGAAUACUGUGAGGCCAAAAAGUCUAAUUUUACUUUAUGCUAUGACAAAUACCCCCUGGAGAAAUGGCAAAUCAAUUUGAACUUGUUUAGGACGUGUACAGGCUAUGCAAUACCUUUGGUCAUUAUAAUGAUUUGCAACCAGAAAGUCUACCAAGCUGUGCAGCAUAAUCAAGCCACGGAAAACAACGAAAAGAAGAGAAUCAUAAAACUACUUAUUAGCAUCACGUUGACUUUCGUCCUGUGUUUCACUCCCUUCCAUGUGAUGCUGCUGAUUCGCAGCGUUUUAGAGCAUGAUGUGAACCCUGAUAAACAUAUAUUUGACCACAACAAGUCCGGGAAUCCAACUUACACAAUGUAUAGAAUCACGGUGGCACUAACAAGUUUAAAUUGUGUUGCUGAUCCAAUUCUGUACUGUUUUGUAACUGAAACGGGAAGAGCUGAUAUGUGGAAUAUAUUAAAAUUCUGUACUGGGAAGCUUAAUAACUCACAAGGGCAAAGAAAAAGCAUACUUUCUAUGUCUACCAGAGACACCGUGGAAUUAGACAUCCUGGAAUAGAAGUGAAGACUUUUUCUUUUUUUUUUAAGGUACACAGUAUCAUAUCCCCAAGUUUACAUUUUGAAGAGGAAAUCUAGCAUGGGGGGGAGUAGGUGUUCCAACUGAAUAUUCUAAUCUUCUUCAAUGGAAAUCUUUUAGAAGAUCUUUUUUAAUGAGUAUUAAACAAAAUUUAAUAUUA